CCGUGGCGGCCCGCCACGCCCCCGCUGUGGGCACGCCCUCCUGCGGCCCCGCCUGUCCCCUUCUCACGGUCCCGCUCCUCCUCCAGCUCCCGCCCAGCCCGGCUCCGCUUCCGGGGCUCGACCCCCAGUCUCCUCCGGGCGAAACCGCACAGGUGUGGCCGGCGCUCCGGCGUCCCAAGCCCAGGUGGCUUCCGCGUCAAGAUGGCCGCUGCACGUCGCCGCAGGCCGGCCGGGGUCCCGCUGCUGCGCGCCACGCUCUGCCUGCUGUGCUGGGCGCCGGCGGCCGUGGGCGCUGUCCCAGAGCCCGGGCGCUGGGCAGCGACGGUCAGCGACAAAUCAGGACCUUUGAUAUUUAGGAAAAUUAUGUUUAACUCAACUGAGAUCAAAUUUUCUGUUAAGUCAUUCCAUUGUUCCGGGCCUGUGAGGUUUACCAUAGAUUGGCACUUGAAGCAUUAUACCUGUCAAAAUGAAUAUUCUCAGCUGGAAGAGCUGUCACAGGAGCACGAAAAUGUUGGUGAAGACUUUUGUGGUCAUUAUUUUAAGAACAGCGAAUGUUGGACAACAAAAAAUGAAAACUUAGAUUGCAACAGUGACUUACAGGUGUUUCCCUCAUUAUACAAUAAAGAACUAAUUACAAAUAACAGAAGUGUUUCAAACCAGGAAGGAUCAAUGGAUGUUGUUGCAAGGACACAGAGAGAUGGGUUUCACAUCUUAAUUGUUUCAAUUAAAACAGACAAAACAGAUGCAAACUGGAAUUUGAAUGUUUCCCUUUCUAUGGUGGGGCCGAAAGGAUAUCUCUCUGCCUCAGAUUGGCCUCUCAUGAUUUUCUACAUGGUAAUGUGCAUCGUGUACAUUUUGUACGGCGUACUCUGGCUCAUGUGGUCUGCCUGCUACUGGAAAGACAUACUAAGGAUCCAGUUCUGGAUAGCAGCUGUUAUUUUCCUGGGAAUGCUUGAAAAAGCAGUUUUCUAUACCGAAUACCAAAACAUCAACAGCACUGGGCUGUCAACCCAGGGUCUGUUGAUAUUUGCGGAGCUGACAUCUGCUGUGAAGAGGACGCUGGCUCGCCUCCUAGUCAUCGUCGUGAGCCUGGGCUAUGGCAUCGUGAAGCCUCGCUUGGGGACAGUCAUGCACCGGGUGAUCGGACUGGGGCUCCUCUACUUUAUCUUCGCAGCGGUCGAAGGCGUGAUGAGAGUCGUUGGGGGCUCUAGCCACUUAGCUGUUGUUUUUGGUGACAUUAUUUUAGCAGUUAUCGACUCCAUUUUUGUAUGGUUCAUUUUUGUAAGUUUGGCACAAACUAUGAAGACUCUGAGGCUGAGAAAGAACACGGUGAAAUUUUCUUUAUACAGGCACUUUACAAAUACUCUGAUCUUUGCCGUGCUGGCUUCUGUAGUGUUUAUGGUGUGGACAACUAAGACAUUUAGAUUUGCAAAAUGUCAAUCAGAUUGGAUGGAACGGUGGGUUGAUGGUGCGUUUUGGAGCUUCCUGUUUUCGCUCAUCCUUGUUGUAAUAAUGUUUUUGUGGAGACCGUCAGCAAAUAAUCAGAGGUACGCUUUCAUGCCCUUAAUAGAUGAUUCUGAUGAUGAAGUUGAAGAGUUCAUGGUAACAUCUGAAAAUUUAACUGAAGGAAUAAAAUUAAGAGCCUCAAAAACGGUUUCCAAUGGAACAGCUAAACCUGCUACUUCUGAUAAUUUUGAUGAAGAUUUGAAGUGGGUAGAAGAAAAUAUCCCCUCUUCCUUCACAGACAUGGCUCUUCCAGCGUUGGAUUCAGAUGAGGAAAUCAUGACCAGAUCUGAAAUGGCACAGAAAAUGUUCUCUUCAGAAAAGAUAAUGUGAUUGGAACCACAUGAGUGAGCCCUAGUUAACGGUGAAGAACUCCCCAAGACUAAGAGCCUCAUUCUGAUACCGUGUGGCAAGCUUUUGUUGCAUUGUCUUGGAAAUCUGCGUGUUAAAAUGAAUCCUGCACAAGUGGGAGUUCUGCAGCCCUCUUUACGCUGACUUGUGGCAUUGAGUUGCCUGGACUUGGAAAUAGCCUGCGCAAACCAAAUGUUAUGACAAAGAAUACGCCCCAUGCCCUGAGCCAAUGGGUGCCAGGCGUGUGGGUUAGGUUGUGUCUUUUUGUCCCAGAAUAUGUGACCAUUCCAGAUUUAAACCUUUUCUCUACAUAAACACUACUGUUCUUCCACGGACGUCUGAUGUAGAUGGAGUGACUCUGCUGAAGCAGGGUCGAGCGGUGUGUCUGGUCUUGGGUCUAGGGUCACCACGUGCAGGAGAACUUCCUAUUCUUUCUGCUAAAGUCAUUGGAACAUGGCAUUUGCAUGUGGCCAGUUGCUGUGUGGAGGACAUUGCACGCGUCUGACAGAGCCGUUUGUCCUGGUCACCCUGCACAUCAAACCCACUGCCUGAGCUCCGGGGACACGGGUACAUGGAGAGAGGGUCUUGAGGGUCACUUCCAAAGAUUUGCUCUGCCACUCUCCCCUUGCUCAGGCUGUCUGUGCUGCUGAACUGCCUGGGCAGAUGGUGGGUACCUGGCCACAUGGCUCCCCCAGGGCACCUCCUGCCGGCAAGCUGGGGGCCCUGGGGGAAAUCAGAGCCUUACCUCUUAUGUAAUCUUGGCAUCUUUGAUUUUGUAAUAAAACGUUUAACUGUAC